AUGAGACUUCAUCUGUCAAUGUGUGGUUGUGGCUUCCUGGGGAUCUAUCAUCUGGGUGUGGCCACAUGUCUUGUCAAGCAUGGACAAGGAUUCUUACAAAACAUCUAUAAAUAUGGUGGUGCAUCUGCAGGGUCUCUAGUGGCAGCUACUUUACUGAUAGAUCAACAAAAAAUAGAUGACUGUACCUCCUUUACCUUCAACCUAGCCAAAAGUAUUCGGUCCAAACCAUUCGGUGCUUUAACCCCACGUUACAGUUUGUUAAAACCUGUACAAAACUUUCUUGAGUCCUCCUUACCAAAUGACGCUCAUGAAAUAGCUACUGGCAGACUGUUUUUAUCUCUAACCAAUACACAGACCAAGAAAAAUGAGAUCAUGUCAGAGUUUGAAUCCAGAGAGGAACUGAUUCAAGCAUUGAUAGCUAGUAGCUAUAUUCCUGUUUAUGCUGGCACCAAACCACCCAGUAUAAGAGGCAAGAAAUAUAUGGAUGGAGGCAUUACCAACAAUCUGCUCCACUUUUCUGAUGGUCGGACUAUCACAGUCUCACCCUUUUGUGGCAGUCAGGACAUUGCACCUCAAGAUGUGAAAGGCAAAUCGUGGUUUAUUACACAGGGUAAUCAAGACUAUCAACUCAAUUGGAACAAUAUAAUGCGUGGAACACAUGCAUUCUUUCCUCCUUCUAGAAGAGUUCUUCAGCAGUAUUUUGAGAAGGGAGAAAGGGAUGCUGGUAGAUUUCUACGUAAGGAAGGGUGGUAUGAAACACAAGUUCCCAAACCUGUGAAAAAGGAAACUGUCACAUUAUAUGAAUCUGCUGUUUAA